AUGGGAUCCCAUCCAUUGGCCAACCUUCCAUGCCUUCUCUUCCUUCUCCUCCUCCCGUCCUCCUCCCACCCCACCCAUGACUGCCCCCAACGGUGCGGUGGCAUCGAUAUCCCAUUCCCUUUCGGCAUCGGCCCCAACUGUUCCCUCCCUGGCUUCCAAGUCUCCUGCGGCCACCAGUCUCAAACCCCACUCCCAUACCUUGCCGACACCCAACUCCGAAUCCUCUCCAUCUCCAUCUCCAACGGCGAAAUCCGCGUGGACUCCGCUCCCUUCAUUGCCACCGACUGCAGCAACGGCCGCCACGCCCUCGCCACCAUCUCCCUCCCCUUCGACGGGCCCUUCACCAUCUCUGGCGCCUCGAACCGCUUCGUGGCCAUCGGGUGCGACACCGUGGCGGUGGUCGCCGAUGGCGGCACGUUCACGAGUGGUUGCGUGUCGCUCUGUUCGACCCGAGAGAGCAUCCUGAGCCCCGGCGGGGCGUGUUCGGGCGUCGGCUGCUGCGAGGCGGCGAUGCCGAGGGGGAGGAGGUAUCUUAGCAUGGGUGCUGGCAAUAUGUUUGGCUAUGUUAAUGUCUCCACGUUCGACAAUUGCAGCUAUUCGUUUGUGGUGGAGAGGGGAGGGUAUGAGUUCAGGGAGGAGGAUCUGAGGGAGUUUCCUCGACGGGCGAGCAUCGCCAUGAGGUUGGAGUGGGCGGUGGGAGACGACGGAGGCGGGGGGUGUGGGGAGAAUGCUUACCGUUUGCCGGCGGUUAGAGGGAGUGGGUAUCUUUGCAACUGCUCCGAGGGGUUCGCUGGGAAUCCUUAUCUUAAUGGCUCUGGUGGUUGCCAAGAUGUUAAUGAGUGCAAAGAUCCAGAAACCAGCCCUUGUGUCAAUGGAGCUCGUUGCAAUAACAAAAUCCCUGGAUAUAAUUGCAAAUGCCCAUUCGGUAGUACUGGAGAUGGAACCAAGCAUGGAUCUGGUUGUAGAAAGAUCUUCCAAAUCGUCGAAGCUGUUUUAGGUACUUGUGUGGGCAUUGUAGUGAUGCUUUUUUGCGGGUUAUGGUUCUAUUUUGGGCUGAAGAAGCGUGCACUCAUCAAGCUGAAGGAGAAAUAUUUUCACCAGAAUGGAGGUCUGCUAUUAGAGCAGCAACUCUCAACACGAGAAGGCACUAAUUGUGCUAGAAUUUUCUCUGCAGAAGAGCUCAAACAAGCCACCUGCAACUAUGACAAUGCUAGAAUUCUAGGCACGGGAGCAUAUGGCACUGUCUACAAAGGAGUCCUCGAGGAUGGCACGACGGUUGCCAUCAAGAAGUCCAAAGUAAUGGAUCAGAGCCAGAUCGAUCAAUUCAUCAACGAGGUCGUCAUCCUUACCCAGAUCAACCAUCGCAACGUUGUGAGGCUCUUGGGUUGUUGCUUGGAGACCAAGGUCCCAAUGCUGGUCUAUGAGUUCAUUUCUAAUGGCACUCUUUAUAAGCACAUCCAUGACCGUGGUCUCAAUGACCCCAUCCCUUGGAGGGCUCGCUUGAGGAUUGCAACCGAGACAGCAGAAGCACUUGCCUACUUGCAUUCAGCUGCUUCAAUGGUUAUAUUCCACAGAGAUGUCAAGUCCUCGAAUAUACUACUGGAUGACAAUUAUACUGCCAAGAUGUCUGAUUUCGGGAUCUCAAGAUUACUCCCAUUGGAUCAAACGCAGGUGCCAACAUUGGUGCAAGGGACUUUUGGAUACUUGGAUCCUGAGUACUUGCAGACCAACCAGCUGACGGCAAAAAGCGAUGUAUAUAGCUUUGGAGUUGUUCUUGCUGAGCUUUUGACAGGGCAGAAGCCCGUAUCUUUCCAGAGAUCGAGGGAGGAUAGCAAUCUGGCAAUGUAUUUCUUGUCGUCGCUGAAGUGUAAGGAUCUGAAGGAUUUUAUAGAGAGGGAUGUGAAGAGAGAAGCCAGUGUAGAGCAGUUGAGUGCUGUAUCAGAGUUGGCUAGGAAGUGCCUUCUCUUGAGGGGGGAAAAGAGGCCAACCAUGAAGGAAGUAGCCCAAGAGCUGCUUAUCAUUGCUGGAAUUGGAAGUCAUGGUGGAGAUGAGACUGAGGAAGAGAGUGAGCUACCAAUGAACAACAGAUCCUCGUCAUAGUUCAGCCCACAAGGCAGUCUUCCAACAAUCUUUUCUCUCAUUGUUGAUCUAGCAGGGUAGGUUACUUAAUCUGAUCAGUUUGCAUUCUUCAAUUCACAAAAUGUCACGCCGCUUUAAGGAGAGAGAUUUCCGCUGGAAUCCUAGUAGGCCAUUUAUAUUAUUUUAAGGCAUUGUUAGAUCAAGUCUGUAUUAUUGGA